AUGUCUGAACUGAGGACCAGCAGAACUCUUCCUCCCUCCCACUCAUCCCACAUUGGAUUUUCAUCUCUCCUCCUCUCCCUUUGCCUCUCCCUUUGCCUUCAGCCGACCUCAUUGUCGGCUGAGCAGACUGUGCCUGUCAUUUCAACGGCGCACGGCCGUAUUCGUGGCAUUCUGACCCCUCUGCCCUCGGACCUUCUGGGGCCUGUCAUCCAGUACCUGGGAGUACCGUACGCCAGGCCACCAACUGGGGAUCGGCGGUUCCAGGCGCCUGAGCCGCCUCUGCCAUGGCCAGGAAUACGGAAUGUGACACAGUUUGCUCCAGUGUGCCCGCAGUCUGUGGAUGAAAGGAGCAUGCUGGCAGAUAUGAUGCCAUCCUGGCUCACUGCAAGCAUGGAUAUAGCAGCAACUUACCUUACUCACCAGAGUGAGGAUUGCCUCUACCUCAACAUCUAUGUACCCACGGAGGAAGACAUCCAUGAGGAGGGGGGGCAGCGGCCAGUGAUGGUCUAUGUCCAUGGAGGCUCGUAUUCCGAAGGCACUGGGAACAUGAUGGAUGGCAGUGUGCUUGCAAGCUAUGGCAAUGUCAUUGUCAUAACCCUCAACUAUCGCCUGGGAGUUUUAGGGUUUCUUAGCACAGGAGACCAGGCAGCAAAAGGAAACUAUGGCUUGCUCGACCAGAUUCAGGCUCUGCGCUGGGUGAAGGAGAACAUUGCAGCCUUUGGUGGAGAUCCAAGUAGGGUCACUGUGUUUGGAUCUGGUGCUGGUGCAUCUUGUGUUAGCCUCCUUACUUUGUCCCACUACUCUGAAGAUCUUUUCCACAGAGCCAUUAUCCAGAGUGGCAGUGCUUUAGCUAGUUGGGCUGUCAACUACCAACCAAGCAAAUAUGCCCGGCAGCUUGGCGAGAGGGUCGGCUGUGGCAUUGAUGACAGCACUCAACUGGUCACUUGCCUCCAGGGCCGGAGUUACCGUGAACUGGUGGAGCAUAAUGUCUCUCCGGCCAAAUAUCACACUGCUUUUGCCCCGGUGAUUGAUGGCGACGUUAUACCUGACGACCCUCAGAUUCUGAUGGAGCAGGGAGAGUUUUUGAACUAUGAUGUGAUGCUCGGGGUCAACCAAGGGGAAGGUGUGAAGUUUGUGGAGGGAAUCGUGGACUCUGAGGAUGGUGUCACAGCUGAGGACUUUGACUUUGCCGUGUCAGACUUUGUGGAUAGUCUGUAUGGCUACCCAGAAGGCCGAGAUACACUAAGAGAGAGCAUACGGUUCAUGUACACUGACUGGGCUGAUCGCGACAACGCAGAAACUCGUCGGAAAACACUGGUAGCACUUUUUACCGACCACCAGUGGGUGGCGCCAGCCAUUGCUACAGCUGAUCUCCAUGCUCAGUAUGGAUCUCCAACCUAUUUCUACUCGUUUUACCACCACUGCCAGAGUGAUGCCACCCCACCUUGGGCUGAUUCUGCCCAUGGUGAUGAGGUGCCCUAUGUGUUCGGUGUGCCUAUGGUGGGUCCCACUGAUCUGUUCAACUGUAACUUCUCCAAAAAUGACGUGAUGCUGAGUGCAGUGGUAAUGACUUACUGGACCAACUUCGCCAAGACUGGGGAUCCAAACCAACCAGUUCCUCAAGACACCAAGUUCAUCCACACAAAGCCCAAUCGCUUUGAAGAAGUUGCUUGGUCUAAAUACACUCCCAAAGAGCAGCUGUACCUCCACAUUGGCCUCAAACCUCGUGUCAGAGAUCACUACCGUGCCACCAAGAUCUCCUUCUGGCUCCAACUAGUUCCUCACUUGCAUCAUGUCAAUGAACUCUUGCAAUCUGUUUCCUCUUUCACACACAGUCCAUCUCCACAAGAUGACACCCCUUAUUCUUACACCAAGCGUCUAUCCAAAGGCUGGACUCCUAUAAGCACACGCCAUCCAGGGUCGCAAGGAGGCACACCACAGCCGCCGGAGUCUGCUUUGGGUCAGGAUGGAGCAGAAAGUGGAGUUCGGAUCCCAAAUGAAGACUACUCCACUGAACUCUCAGUGACGAUAGCAGUAGGAGCGUCACUGUUGUUUCUCAAUAUACUUGCGUUUGCUGCUCUGCUGUAUAAAAAAGACAAAAGACGCCUUGAGCAUCGUAGACCACGCCCACUGCCUCCUCCUAGAAGAGAUAUUACUCCUGCAGACGUUGCAGCUCACCUGCAGGGAGAGGGACUGAUGUCAUUACAGCGACCGCCUAAUGCAUCAGCGGGCCGCUGUGACAGCAAGUCCCAUAAUGCUUUGCGAGUACAGCUCUCCACGCAAAGUAUUCCGGGAUGUAUCUGCCACUCUGAGACCUUUUAUUUCUUCUAA